AUGGGAAGGCAAGUCCUACCUACUUCAAUAUGGCGUUCGGACGAAGUCGCCCACUUUCUGACCAUUGAUUCCUUGCUAUUAGAGAGAUACUCGUCGUCGAAAUCGCGACUCUAUUAUUUCAAUACCGAGACUCAGACCAGUCAAUGGGAGAAACCUGAAGGAGUAGAAAUCACUCCAGCUGCUGUCGAUCAACCUAAAUCAAAGGCUCCAACCUAUCAAGUUCGUGCUUCCCAUCUCCUUGUUAAACAUAAUCAAUCUCGUCGACCAUCAUCUUGGAAACAAGCUACAAUAACACGAACAAAAGCGGAAGCAGUUGCCAAAAUAGUCGAAUAUCGAGCUCAAAUCGCUAAAGGAGACACUGAUUUGCCUACUUUGGCACGAACGGAAUCGGAUUGCUCAUCUGCCAAACAAGGAGGUGAUUUGGGAAUGUUUGGACCUGGUCAAAUGCAGAAACCUUUCGAAGAAGCGACGUAUGCUCUUGCAGUCGGUGAAAUGUCAGGACCAGUUGAGACAGACAGUGGCAUACAUAUUAUACUGAGAACACAGUGA